AUGCACCUCGGUACCAUCCUCAGUGCCUUCUUCCUUCUACUCACAUAUGUAUUCUCUCAAGACAACAAUAACAGAACGUGUUGGGGAGUAGAUGGCCAACCAUGGGAAGGGAAUAGAAAAUGUCCUGGCUCUUCCGCCUGUUAUGGUCCGGACGCAGAGUGCAUGCCGAGUCGGCUAGGCCAAAGGAAAGGACAGGCCAAGAAUAUGUUUGUUAGAGGGCCGUGUGCUGCUGCGCCUUGGGAUAUGAAGGAGUGCGCUGUUAUCUGUGUCACAGACAAGAACAAAAGAUGUUGCGCUGAGGGACGCGGUUAUUUCCUCGACGAUGAAGGCAAUCUCGCCCUCGGAAACUCAACUGAGAGUGAGACAACGACCUCUUCACUUCCUACCACGACUUCUGUUGAGGCUAUAUCAACAUCAACCCAAUCAUCAGACAACUCAACUGAAACUGAAGAAGACGACGGUCAAGCAAUGAAGAUCGGACUCGGCGUCGGCAUUCCCGCUGGUAUCGCCAUCGUCGCUGUAGCUGCAUGGCUCUUCCUUCGCAAACGGAACAAGAACAAACGUGCACAGAUUCCUCACAUCGCGACAGCUGAGAUGUAUGGGCGCAAUGACCACAAAAUGUCUAUGCCUAUGUCGCCGCAGGGACUUGAAGGUUAUGCUUCGACGAGUGAGAUGUAUCAGAAACGGGGCAAGGUUUCUUCAGCGCCACAAGAGCUUGAAGGUUAA